AUGAAUCCUAUGAUGGGAGUGUUGUUGAACGCCCCUGUGGCCUUGUUGAAAGGGGCGACUAUUGCCUUAUCGUUUUUUGGUCUCUUUUUGUUUGGCUUGGCUAUCUAUCGUCUCAUCUUUCACCCACUUGCACAGUACCCUGGACCGCUGCUCGGCCGAAUAACUAAUCUCUAUGCUGCAUACCACGCAUGGAAAGGUGACAUUCACGAGGAUAUCUGGCGUUGUCAUCAGAAAUAUGGCAACUACAUCCGAUAUGCCCCAGAUCGGCUGGCUUUUGGUACCGCUAAAGCAGUAUCAGACAUCUAUGGCUAUGGUGCAAAAGUUCGUAAGUCGCAAGUGUACAAUACGCUUGUCCAUCGCACAGCCAACACCCUUACCAUGCGCGACAAGAAGCAGCACGCCCAGCGACGACGCAUCAUGAGCCAGGGUUUCUCUGACGCAGCCAUUCGUUCUUUUGAACCUCGGGUGCAGGAGUUGAUUCGAACUCUUUGCGGCCUGCUGAUUGUCAAAGAUGCCGGCUCUGUUAGCGAAUGGAGCGCGCCGCAGGAUAUGGCCAAGUGGUUUGACUACCUGACCUUCGACAUCAUGUCUUCACUCAUCUUCAGUGCAUCAUACGACACCCUGCGCCAAGAGAAAUACCGGUCAGUGAUCCGCGCCAUCGAAGAAUCCAAUGUCCGGGUCAGUGUCCUCCUGCAGGCACCUAUUGUCGCCCUCUUCGGUAGCGACAAGAGGCUCUUCGCACAGUCCAUCCUCGGCCGUAACCGCUUCAUCCAGUUCAUUAGUAGUACAGUCAGGGCACGAGUGCAGAAGACCAAGCUCCUCGCCGGCCGGGAUAUAUUUUCCUACUUCCAGACGAGCAAGGAUACUGUCACUGGCGAAUCUAUGAACAUGAAUGAACUCAGUGGAGAGGCUGCCACUCUGAUUGUUGCUGGCUCCGAUACCACCGCCACCACUCUCGCCGCAACGAUGUUCUACCUCAGCCAAAACGCCGAAGUCUACCACCGGGUUGCCCGAGAAGUCCGCCAAUGCUUCAACUCGGAGAACGAAAUCCAUGGAGGAAGCCAACUGAACUCUUGUCGCCUGCUGCGUGCGUGUAUUGACGAGGCACUCCGCAUGUCUCCUCCUGCGGGGAGUGCGCUUUGGCGCGAGGUCGAGGCCGGUGGCACAACGGUCGAUGGCUGUUUCGUGCCCGAAGGCUAUGAUGUCGGCGUGGGGAUCUACGCUGCCCACAACAACCCGACCAUCUACCCGCAGCCAUUCCGAUUUGACCCCGAUCGCUGGCUUGUAGACGACACUUGCGACGUGCGCAGCGCGUUUAUGCCGUUUUCUCUGGGAACGAGAAGCUGUAUCGGUAAGGGCUUGGCGCAGUUGGAAGCCCUCUUGACGCUGGCGCACAUUAUCUGGCAGUAUGACUUUCGGGCUGUUCCCGGUGGGGAGGUCCAGCAGGAGUAUAAGCUUAAGGAUCAUGUCACCGGAGCGAAGACGGGGCCUAUUUUGCAGUACCGUCGGGUUGUUCGGUAG